AUGUGUCUCGUCAAUGAUAUAUCGUUGGAAAUCACUGUCGUUAAUAGUGGCUCCGAGACUGUGACCGUACAGUCACGGGGCCAGCAGAAGUUCCUCGUCCCAUGGGGUCCUUCAGCUACCGAAACGAAUACCCUCGACGGUCGCCGCAGGGUCAUCGAUCAGUCAGAGCUGAAUCGUCUGCCCACAUCAAGUUUUCUCAUCGUCAAUGCCGCGACUGCUGAGCAGCCACGACUGAGGCUGGGAUCCAUUGCGCCUAACUUCCAGGCGAAGACCACCCAUGGCGACAUGGACUUCCACAAGUUCUUGGACAACAAGUGGACUAUCCUCUUCAGCCACCCUGCCGACUUCACACCCGUUUGCACGACUGAGCUUGGGGCCUUUGCGAAGCUCAAGGAUGAAUUCGAUGCGCGAGGCGUCCAGAUGAUUGGCUUGAGCGCCAACGACCUGAGCUCUCACGAUCAGUGGAUUGCCGACAUCAAUGAGACCUCCAACACCACCGUGCAGUUUCCCAUCAUCGCCGAUGCCGACCGCCACGUCGCUUUCCUCUACGAUAUGAUCUCGCAAGACGACCUCGAUUCGCUCCAGAAGAACGGCGGCAUUGCCUUCACCAUCCGCUCGGUUUUCAUCAUCGACCCAGCGAAGAAGAUCCGCCUUACGAUGUCAUACCCUGCGAGCACCGGCAGGAACACCGCCGAGGUUCUGAGAGUCAUCGACAGCUUGCAGACAGGAGACAAGAAGGGCAUUGCUACACCUAUUGACUGGCAGAAGGGCCAAGACGUCAUCGUGCCACCCAGCGUCAGCACUGAGGAUGCCAGGAAGAAGUUUGGCGAUGUCAGGGAGGUAAAGAAGUACCUGCGCUUCACCAACGUUGGGCAAUAG